AUGACAACGAUCUCAUCGGCGGUACAAGAUCGAAAAACAGUUGAUGAUCCAAUUGAGAAACCAGUGGGAAUUUUUGUGAACAAUUGCGUUGAAGAAACCAGAAGAAUAGCAUCCGAUAUCACGCACCAGUACACUCUGGGUACAUUAUUACCAAUGGCACCUUCAUCCGAGAAGGGAUUGGAGAAUGGCCUGACGUCUGUCGACUUUUCACCUUACCAAACAGCACCUACAUAUGCUCAGCAGCAACAGCGCCGCACUAUAGCCUAG